CAUAGCGACACUGCCGCUCUCUGCAAUGUCUCAAAUCCUUGACCCAGAGGAAAGUACUCCGUUGCUGAAGGAUGAUGCGAGUAGUGAUGACUCCCAAGAUGAAGAUUACAAGAGUCGAUGGAGGUCAAUCCGAGUCAUGUACUUCACCAUGUUCCUCAGCAGUGUGGGUUUCACUAUUGUCAUUACAUCACUGUGGCCCUAUUUGCAAAAGAUUGACGACAGUGCUAACGCCACCUUCCUGGGCUGGGUGGUGGCAGCCUACAGCCUGGGUCAAAUGGUGGCCUCACCCAUUUUCGGCUUCUGGUCCAAUCACAGACCACGCAGGGAGCAGCUGGUGUGCUCCAUCUUCAUCAACGUGUCAGCCAAUGUCUACUAUUCCUAUGUAUAUCUGCCCACAACCAAUAACAAGUUCCACAUGCUCAUGGCCAGAGCCUUUGUAGGCUUCGGAGCAGGUAAUGUUGCCGUGGUGAGGUCCUACGUUGCUGGAGCCACAUCGCUGAAGGAGAGGACCAGCGCCAUGGCAAACAUGAGUGCCUGUCAAGCCUUGGGCUUCAUCCUGGGGCCAGCUCUGCAGGCAGGCCUGUCGUUCAUUGGUGAGCAUGGGGUCACUGUGAAGGUCAUUGACCUGCAGCUCAACAUGUACACUGCCCCGGCCCUACUGGCAGCCCUCUUUGGUGUCAUCAACAUCCUGUUGGUUUUACUGAUAUUGAGAGAGCACCGGGUAGACGACCAUGGGAGACACAUUCAAGCCAUCAACUACAUGUCAGAAGACCAAGUUGAUAUUAGUGAAGAAAGUGAAGGAGACAUUGACCAGGUAGCAGUCCUGACCUCCAAUAUCCUCUUCUUCAUCGUCAUGUUCAUCUUUGCUGUUUUCGAGACAAUCGCCACGCCUUUGUCCAUGGACAUGUUUGCCUGGACAAGGAAAGAUGCGGUGUUUUACAACGGCGUCAUCAUUUCCUGCAUUGGCUUUGAAUCCAUCCUGGUGUUUGUAGCUGUAAAGAUGGCCUCUCAAAGGAUUGGGGAUCGGCCUGUCUUGCUCGGAGGCUUGGCCAUUAUAUUCUGUGGCUUCUUUAUUCUCCUUCCCUGGGGUAAUCACUACCCUAAAAUCCAAUGGGCAGACAUAAAGAACAACUCGAUGGUCAGUCAGACCCUUGCCACCACGGUGCCAUCCAACAGCUCCUUUGAGUCAACAGGCUGCCCGCUUGAACAGACUUGGUGCCAGUACACCCCUGCCAUCAGUCUGGCCCAGUACAUCACUUCUGACAUCCUCAUUGGGGUGGGAUACCCAGCCUGCAAUGUGAUGUCCUACACACUAUACUCCAAAAUCCUUGGACCUAAGCCUCAGGGUGUGUACAUGGGCUGGCUGACAGCCUCGGGCAGCGGGGCGCGGACGUUAGGCCCAGUCUUUGUCUCCCAGGUCUACACCAUCCUGGGACCCCGAUGGGCCUUCAGCCUCAUCUGUGGCAUGGUACUGGGAGCCAUCAUCCUCCUGGGCUCUGCCUACCACAGGCUCAUCGCCUUCUCCGUACGCCUCGGAAGGAUCUUGGAGUAAGAAGUGUAGGCUCCGUCAGUUUUUAUAACUCGAAGGUGUGAGGGCCAUUCCCCACUUUUUCUUCUAAAGACUCGUCGCCAAAAUGUUGGCAAUAAUUAAGGCUUUUUUUGCUGUUACUUUGGGAUGGGGUAACUGAAGCAAUGCCUUUCUAGAGUUUUUCACUCAGGGUUGACCUUUAAACUGUCUGGCGGAGAGAUAAGGUCAGGUCAUUACUUAUGAGCUGACCACAGAUUGACGCUUUGCCAGUUAAAAGGGAACUAGCACUACAGCCGCUCUUUCACCCAGUCAGGGUGAAAGAGACCGCGUCGAGGUUCUUUGUAAUCUCACAAUCUUAUCUUUAUUUGUAUGAGGUGGACCACUGAUAUCAAGAUGAAAAUACCUUAAGUUCCUUAACCUCACUUCACUUUAAGUUCCUGAAUAACACUUGUUACUGAAUGAUGACUUAGCAUGUAUGAUUUGUAAUCAGAUUUUUGCUUUUAAAGGAAUUCAAUUCAAAAUACUUGAAUGCAUAGUAUUUUCUGAUUUGUCAGACUGGGUAGAGUUCUCAGAAUGUCUUUAUGUUGAGUUAUACAGUUACUGGCAUAUGGAAGAGUGCACAAGACCACCCGUGAUUAAAUUAACCAUUUAACAGCUGUAAUCAAAUUGCUCAAAAUUCAGUUUUUACAGACAGAAUAUGUACUGACUUCUUAAUUAUCUUUAACUGAUUUGAUGUGACAUACUGUAUUUGAAUGUGUCAACUGAGCAGGUACCUGUUUUUAAGCUGUAAAUAAUAAUAUGGAUGAUGGGAGAAUUUUAAUUUAUGUGCACUGAUUCAUGACGGUCAAGAAAUAUGACUCAAUCUUGUGAGAGAUAAGCAAAUUUUAUACAGAAGCUUUAAAUGAAAACAUUUCCUUCUUCACUUUCCUCUACAUGACCUGGUUGAUAAUAUUUAUUAACUAUUUCUGAGUGAUGCUCAUGUUUUGUUUUGUUUUGUUUUGUUUUUUUUAAAUCCGCUCAUUCAUAAAAUAAUAGAAUACUUGUGUGUUUGUACUUGUAAUGACUAACGAAACAUGUUUUUAAGAAUGAAUGUGGUCUUAAUGUUAAAAUGGCACUUUAUUAAUAUUA